CCCGGCCGCAGGUGUCUGAGAUCCAGGUGUUGCCAGAGUGGGACCCCCGCGACAAGGUGCCGUUUGCUGUCCAGCUCCACAACUUCUACCCCAGGGAGGUGCCCGUGAUCCAGUGGGGCUGGGACGGGGCCGGGAGCUGGAGGGAAGACCCCGCACAGAUAGACAAGAACGCGGACGGCACGUUCACCGCGACGAGCGUCUGGAGAGUGCCCAGCCGGAGCCUGACCCGGCCGGAGCUGCGAUGCAGGGUGGAGCCCGGCACGGCCGUCCUGGCACGGGACGGGAAAAGCUUCCAGCAGGAGACCAGACUCACCUGCUGGACAUCCAGGGACCAGGGGGCAGAGUACAUCUGCCGCGUGGGACACCUCGCCCUGGAGACCCCCAUCGAGAGAAGCAGCGGUUCCCAGCUGCAGGUGACCACGGCGCCCUCCUCCACCGCCCGCCCGGGCUCGGGGGCCCUGCUGCAGUGCCGGUUUGAUGUUGGGGGGCCGGUGGCCUUGGACUCCCUGCUGGUGAUGUGGUAUUUCUGGGACCACAAGCUGUCCUGGUACAAACAUGGCAAGAGCCAGGCCCAGCCCAGAGCCAGCCUGCUGCUGGAGAAAGAGCUGCAGAGAGAAGAUGCCUCCCUGUCACUUGUCACACUGACCGUGCCCGAUGGGGGCUUGUACCGGUGUGUUGUGGGGUACGGGACGCAGAAGCAUGAGGGAGAAACCACCCUGCACCUGCUCGCUGACCCAAAGAUCUCCAUCCCAAAAGAAUCAGGCGUAGCCGAUACUAAGAGCUCCCUCCUGUGCCACGUCGGGGGGUUCUUCCCCAAGGACGUGGAUGUGGUGUGACUGAGAGACAGGCCGGUCCAGGAGGGCUCCAGCCGCUCCAGCCCCCAGAGCAACACGGACAGGACCUUCAACCUCACCCUGAACUACCCCUUCACCCCCUCCCGCAGUGACGCCAGCAGUGUCUUCUCUUUUCGUACCCACCAUGUGGCUCUGGGGCAAACGCUGCAGGAGGAUGUCCUCCUGGUCAUCCUAGCUGACCCGAAGAUCUCCAUCCCUAAAGAAUCAGCCAUAGCCCAUGUCGAGACCUCCCUCCUGUGCCACGUGUGGGGGUUCUUCCCCAAGGAUGUGGACGUGGCGUGGCUGAGAGACGGGCAGGUCCUGAACGGCUCCACCCGCUCCAGCCCCCACAGCAACCCAGACGGGACCUUCAACCUCACCCUGACCUACACCUUCACCCCCUCCCCCAGCGAUGCCGGCAGCAACUUCUCAUGCCGUGUCCACCAUGCGGCUCUGGGGCACCCACUGCAGAAGGACGUCUCCCUGCACAUCCUAGAAGAGUACCGGACUUCCAUCAUGGUCAAAGCAGCCCUGGGAGUCCUGGGGAUCCUGACUGGAGCAGGAGCUGCAGUAGCUCUAGGCAUUUACUGCUGUAGGAACAGAAAAAAAGGCUGGGCGGUCUCCUACAAUGUCACAGAGGUGGAGGGGCCGGAGCGGUGCCUGCUGGGCCAGGAGGUGACCCUGCGCUGCUCCAUGGAGGGGACAUUUUCAAAGGAUACAGUCAUGACGUGGGAGCGGAUCCACAGCGAGGACAGAAUGGCAUUUGAGAGCGACAUGGACCAAGAGAGCCCCGAGCACCAGCCGCUGUUCCCCGCCGUCCCCCCGGGCUGGAGAGUGACCGAGGAGAGACCCGAGUCCGUGGCCAAGGGGAAGGGAGUCACCCUGAGCUGCCUCAUCGCGGGGCAUUUCCCGGGGGAGCUGAGCGUGACCUGGCUGCGGAGGGGCAAGGGGGAGGACACUGCUGUGAUCCUGCGCGACUCGGCUGAGUGCAGGGUGGAGCCCGGCACGGCCGUCCUGGCACGGGACGGGAAGAGCUUCCAGCAGGAGACGAGACUCACCCGCUGGACAUCCAGGGACCAGGGGGCAGAGUACAUCUGCCGUGUGGGACACCUUGCCCUGGAGACCCCCAUUGAGAGGAGCAGUG